AUGGAGAACAAGCGCCAAACGCUCUCUCGGCCACUUGCGUCCCACCUUCGCGGCCAGUCCAUGGGCGCAUCUUCUGGCGGCGCAUCGCCUGUGCUGCUCGCGCGUAUAAAUGAGAAGAAGCAAGAGUUGGCAAACCUCAAGGAGCUGCAGGCUUUAAGCGGUGGGCUUGCUGAUCAGAUGGAGAUGCUGGAAAAGAAGCUGUCGACGUUGUCAGACGGCACCGAAGCUGUCGCUGCGGUCCUAUCUAACUGGCAUAAUGUUCUGCGCGCUAUCAACAUGGCCUCAAUGAAAAUCCCCAAGCCCAAGCAAGCCGAAGAAGAGGGUGCGGAAGAGAACAAGGAAGAAGUUCCUCUUCCGCAGACCCUCGUCCGCAUCCCAACUCAACAUGCUGCGCCACUACUUCAGCAGGCCAGCUCUGGAAACCCUACUGAAUGA